CGACGUUGACGUUAAAUUGCAACAUUGUUUUUAAAAGAUAGACAGGCUAUUUCGGUUAAUGCUAUCAGAUCACAGCAUCACUCCAAACCGUUGUACAUAUGCCGAGGUCCCCAUUGUGACCAUUCAGGACGAAACCGACCCUUCCUGCUAUGAGCUCGACGUAGAAGGGCAACAGCCUAUGAGCCAAGGACAUCCAGAGGAAGGUACUCAGGCCACCAGUAGUAGUUUAAAGACUCGGAGGUGUCGAAACCUUUCUUCCGCCUUCCCCGCAUCUGGCUCUGAGAGUCGAGGCUUGGAUCUAUUUAAAUCCCGACGGGUGGACUCAACUGUCUAGGGGGAACCGAACCACUCUCAAGGGUAGCUCCUGUCAUCGUUCGCUACCCUCGGCACUCAUGCAGCAUGCCAGACGAGAAGAAAUCUGGUCGAAACUGCUAUCUCCUUUCCGAAAAACUAUCCCUCACGAAACCCCUGUAAAACACUCCGAGCCUGACUCUCCUGGUGACGGCAAAAUCCCUAGUUCCCUCAUUGUCCCUGUGUUCAAAGCUGAACUGCGUAAAACUUCCGGACAUAUCCCCCGUACCAACGGCGUGCAACCCUUUCCAACGGAAGAGUCUUGGGUGUCAGUGGCGAACCAUGGAGACAGCCGUGACUCCGGCACGAGUGCUCAGACAGGUUGUACUACUCCAGGCGCUAAUUUCGACUCUUUUUCUACUCAAGCAGUUCUGCCUCCCGCUUGCCCUGGAACAUGUCACGACUCUCCUAGAAUAAGUGGAGAUUUAGAGGGAAGGCUAGGCAAUGCAUAUCACCACAUUCAAAACAUGCCCCCCUCGCCGAUAUCACCCACUAUUAACCAAUUCAUUAGCGAUCCUCGCACGUAUCAUAAGCAAUUGGGACUGCCUCAACAUUCCGUCAUCAACCAGCCAACGCUGAAGAUGCCGAGCCUUCCGAAUCCUCACGCGACGCAUGCAAGAUCACAGUCACAAUCCCCUCCGUCAUCGUUUCGCUUUGAAUCUCUACCUGCGCCGCGGACUUGGGACAAUGUACCUGGACCGAGUAGUGCUCCACAAUCUCGUCAUCCUCAGGAGUUCCAAAAAUAUCACCAACCAUCAUUGCAUAUUGAUGUCGAUGUUCAUCCUAAUGAUCGCCGUCCGGCAACGGCUUCAGUCCAUUCCUCCCAAACUUCGCCCGUCAUGAUCCUCGACCCUAUAAAGCCCUAUCCCGCCGGUGCCGGUGCGCCGUCGUUACCGCAGCCAGAGGAUGGCCAUAUUACUAGAUCAGAGCUUCCCCUUCAAAGCAAGGCAGAGUUGAUCAAGCGACGGUCAGCAGCACUGUCGCAUUUUUCAAGUCUAUCCCAACCAUCAUGCCGCAUUACCUCUGAGGAGACUCAUACCACAGACGAGUCAAUGUUCAUCAAGCAAUGCUUACCAUCGGUUUCUCGUGUCUCAAGUACAUCCCCCUCAUCAUCAUGCCACUCUACGUCAGAGGAGGCCAGUACCCCUUCGUCAUCCAACCAAGAAUCAAACUUCAGUAAGGACGUCCGCAACCAAAGUUUUCUACCACUCGUUAUACCCCCCUCACCACUACGGCUAGACAUACCGUUACAUCAGCCAUGGCACGAUCGGCGAACGAACUUUGAGUUGUCACCCACGCGGAGAAGCUACCAUAGUGGUGCAUCCAUUACCCUACCAGCAUCAAGCACUCAAAAGGCCAGUCCCAGCACUGAAGCACUUGCGUCUUUGGCAUGGAUUGGUACAGCUCCAAUGAGCACUUCCGUCUCGACAUUUUCUGGCAGUUCGCAUUAUACCCAGUUCAGCGCUGUUCCGACCGACGAGGAGAUCAGUAUAUCCAUGGCAAUGGACGAAAAUCUAUCAGAUGAAGCCGUGGUAGAACAUCUCGAAAUCAUACGGAAACGGAGUUUCAAGGACAAAUAUCAGCCACUUCCUGUCCCGAGGGCCACUAGCCAUGGCGUACCACUUUCUAAGCAAGGAUCUAACCAUUUGUUUCAACUCGGAGAUCACCUUACCAGCCAUUCAAGUUCGCCAUGGCGAUCGGAGGAGCCCGAAUCUAUGUCACCCUUACCUGUGAUUUUGGAUGAUGCUGAGUUGGACAUUGACGACGCUGCGCUCUGGAGUACUGCCAGAAAGGCUUUGCUUUGCAUCCGAGAAAUCGUCGGGACGGAGAAAAAAUACCAAGGAGCCCUCAAGAUGCUCCAGACGGGACAGACAGCGAAUCAACCACCUUCGCUGUUGUUGACAUACCUUCCUGACCUCAUACGAGCAUCAGAGGCGUUGUUGAAGGCCUUCCUUGAUGACCCCUCUGCUUGGGGUGUAUCCACCGCCUUCAUGGCUUGCGAAGAUGAUAUUGAAGUUGCUAUGGUUUCGUGGUGCAGCGUGGUAGGCACCUUCUUUACUAAUAGUCCCAGCCACGAAAGCGAGUCUGCCAUCACGGGAGGGAAAUGGCGUUCGCGCAAGUCUCUGCUCUCCGCCACAAACAAUCCUCUCGGUACUGUGGUGGAGAAGUCGAGUGGAAGAUCUUCACCCGCUAGUUCCUCUCCUCCUCCUCUUCUCACUUUAAUGAGUGAGGCAGGGAAUAGAAUCAGAGAUAGACAACGGGUUGUUGAACACUAUUGGAAGGUGUUUGAUUACAGCGGCGCCGAAUCUCACAGUCGAUCCAAGGGAGAGCAUCCGACUCGAAGGCAAAGUGUACGGGAUCUUGCAAUUCAACCAAUACAGCGAGUCACGAGAUAUGUUUUGCUGUAUCGAGAUCUCUUGGAGAGUACUCCUGUCACCUCUCCUUCCCGCGCUCUUGUUGAGAGAGCGCUCGAAGCUGCGACCCGCAUUGCUAAUAAGUGCGACCGCGCACAAAACAAUACUGCCUUUUUCCAUGCAUAGAAUGGUUUCCACCACAUACGUAUUCUUCCGUUCAAAGUAUCAACAUCAAAUAACUGCGCCGGUCUGUAUCACACUGCCACUGUUAUACCCUCAUUGUAUAUACGUAACAUACAAGUCAUUCUGCCUUGCCUUGUUGUUCUUGCAAUUUCCUGUUAUCCCGUGGGAGCUAACGCUCACCCGAACAAUAUUCACUUUAAUGCACUGACAAUGACAACAUCUCGCCCCAUGACCUCAGUUUGGAUGUGCUUCAAGGAGGGGAUCUAA